CUCGCGCAUUCCGGGUCCCCAGUCCCGAACCCUAAUUUUCUGCCCACCUUUCCGCACCAUCCAAACGACCGCCCAAUCCCUGGCACCGCGCCGCCUCGUCCACAACGCCCCCCCCCCCCCACUCUACUCUCUGGAUCACCUCUGCUUCUCGUCGGUUGGGUCCUCCGAACCUUGCGCAACGAGAUGCUCCGCUCGUUGCGAAAUCUGGACCAUGUUCCUCGAUCUGCUUAUCAAUCAUGGAUCAUGGCACGAAACAUAAUGGGAGUAAAAGACAAGAAGAACUGGGGUAAACCGAAUUGUCUCCGCCACAUCACCGAAGGGAUAAGUAGAGAAGAACAGAGGUGGGGAACCAAGGAGGUCCUUUUUAGCCAUCCCGCCGACAAUGUAAGCUCGACCUUCAUAUUUAAGAACAGCAGCCAUCGGGAUGGUGCUAUAUACAAGAGAAGCUUUGCUCUUCGAAAAUCAUGUCGUGUUACUGACCGUGAUGAGACACAACUUGAGCCAAUGAUGCUAUCGGAGCCAGCGGAUUGCUUUCCUGACCGAGAAAGGUGUUGUGUGCAUUGUAAAUGCCCGAUGAUGCAAAUUUUCACAUUAAAAUUGGCUAGUGUCUCUAUCAACACCAGCCCGGUAGAACUAUAUGGAUAUAUCGCAGUGCGGGAUCAUUUGGACUUGUUGCUUAAUUAUAUUGUCAACCGUAGCAGGGAUGACCCCAUUAUUGCGCAACAGGGUUCUCUCAUUGAGAUGACUGGCCCUAAGCGAUGCAUCGCAAUGGAUUCCUCUGUUCUAGUUGAAUUUGACAUCAGGAUCAAGACAGGAGAGAAAGAAGAAGAUGAUCUAACAUUGAUUGACGGCGCGACAGAUUACUGUGACCUAACCACACCUUCUAUGUCAUUCACAAAUCGCAUUAAUGGCGAUUGUGGUGCAGUUGACAUCACUUUGGCACGUGUUUACAAUGCUGUGGAAGCCACGAUAGAUGUUCUCAUAUUGAAAGUGCAGAAUGGAUUCAAUUUGUCGCUCAGUUUGUUUGUAUUUGUUGGCGGGUCAGAUCAGGAAAUUCCACUCUUUCAUGGCACUACUGCUGAGUCAUGUGGCUUAAGAAGAUACGUGAUUGCUGUAGAGAUGGAUACUUGGUUGCAGUUGAAGUUCAAGGUAGGUCAAAACGGCUCUAAAAAUGACCAUCUUGAACGCAGUUGCCAUUUCAAAGCAAACAUUCAUGGAUGUGCCUGUCAACAAAUAAUGCUUCAGCAUGCCUCUCUCUCUCUGAAGGUGACUUGGUCAACCGUGCCAGGAUAAAGUCAUUGUGUUUCAUUUUCAAAUUUAAGUUGCAGUAUUUGAUCUUGGACUUGAUCUGUGUAAUUUUCGUUUUUUGAGAAACACAUACUCCAUUUUAAUCUGCAUUGGAUGGAUGUUUUAGUUA